AGGGGGCGAAAAAAAAAAAUCAAAUCCCCAAUUCUCAAAUCCUCCGCCAUCUCCGAGCUCAGGUCGCCGGCGCCGCCGUGAGCUAGCCAUGUCGGGCCGCGGGAAGGGGGGCAAGGGGCUGGGCAAGGGAGGGGCGAAGCGGCACAGGAAGGUGCUGCGCGACAACAUCCAGGGGAUCACGAAGCCGGCGAUCCGGCGGCUGGCGAGGAGGGGCGGCGUGAAGCGCAUCUCCGGGCUGAUCUACGAGGAGACCCGCGGCGUGCUCAAGAUCUUCUUGGAGAACGUCAUCCGCGACGCCGUCACCUACACGGAGCACGCCCGCCGCAAGACCGUCACCGCCAUGGACGUCGUCUACGCGCUCAAGCGCCAGGGCCGCACCCUCUACGGCUUCGGCGGCUGAUCCUUCCCCUGCCCCGUGUUGCUGUGGUGUAGGAGCUAGGGUUUCGGUACGAUUAGGCGGAUUUCAGCUUUGUGUUUUGACAUCUGUGUAGCCGCUCUUAUGUUUGAACGAAUUCAAUGGAUCUGUAUUGAAGAAAUGGUACUCCUGUGA